UGAAUAGCCGAAGGGAUGGUUGAAUAACGACGCAAGAAACACCCACCCCCAGUUUUCGUCUGGACUGAAGGAAUAGUUGACUGAGAGAGGCUGAGACAAACCAGGGAGACGGACAUACACUCUGGGGAUUGAGAGGAUCCGUGGGAAAUAGGAGCGUUUAGGAUUUGAUGACUUGUGCAGAAGGAGCAUCACAGUUGUAAGGAUGCUGAUUGUAGGACUCCCAAUAAGGACGUGGUGUCCUCUGCUCUUCCUGGUGUUGGCUGUACAUUUCCCAGCCCCUGCCCAGGGUCAAGUUCCAGCUCCCAGAAGAUUACGUUUUAAAGUGCUGGGUACGAGCAAAUUACAUGUGUCCUGGAAAGAACCAAAGGGGAAUGUUGACGGCUAUAGAGUUUUAUACCAGAGUGAACCAGGCGAAGAGUACAAGGAGCUGCGCGUUUCCAAGGGGGACCGUAAAGUGGUGAUCCAGGACUUUGAUGCCAUGAAGGAGUACCACGUCAGGGUUCUAGCUGUGAGAGGGAACCAGCAGAGCAGAGCACUACAAGGGAAGUAUGCAGAGUGA